CAGAGCUCCAAGUGCAGCUGUCACGCUGUCACGUGGAGAUGGUUAGCAGUCAGCAUUUGAUUCAUUUGGUCGCCGGCUGUUGUUGAUAGCUGAAAUAUCUUCCUACUGUGUUGCAGUCUUUUGUGCUGACGCCACGUCUACAUUCACGGAGAUCAGCGGCAACCCUUCAUUUGUUGGCGGAGUCGCCAAGAGCGAGUUCAGAUGGCGUCGACCGAAGAGAAAGUGAUCCUAGUGACCGGCGGAACGGGGCUCGUUGGAAAGGCCAUCGAGACCGUUGUCAACGAAGAAAAAAAGAGCGGAGAGCGCUGGGUGUUUGUGUCUUCGAAAGACGCCGAUCUCACGAACAAGCAGGCAACAGAGGCCCUUUUUGCCAAGCACAAGCCCACACAUGUCAUUCAUUUAGCAGCCAUGGUUGGCGGUCUCUUCCGGAAUAUGAAGUACAACCUUGACUUCUUGAGAACAACAUCCUGAUAAAACGACAAUGUCCUGCACACAAGCUUCGAAACGGGCGUUCAGAAAGUUGUCUCAUGUCUUUCCACCUGCAUAUUCCCGGACAAAACAACGUACCCCAUGACGAGACUAUGCAAUUACUGGCUCUACCAUGCCACCAGCAAAGCGGCCCAGGAACAGCACCUUGGUGCUGCCCGAGUUGCAGGAGCGGCAACAUCAAAGGACAGCUGCACUUCUUCAAGAACAAAACGAAGUUCUGUUUGA